CCAACAAAUUAAAACGACGAAAAAAUAACAAAUUUACGCUUCACAAAUAAAUGACUUAUCUCGUAAAAUCAACCUCAAAUAAAGGGUAAAACAGUAGUUUCAAACUAAAUAGUACCAGUACAGUGAAAAAAGGGGGGAAACAACAUUCUACACGACCUCACUUCACUACCCCCACUCACUCAACUCAAGAACUCAACCAUCUUCCUUCAAUGGGAGACGAUUCUCAGAUGAAAAUUGAGGCAUUGAAGAAAGUAUAUGCAGAAGUAAUAGUGAACACUUCAAAAGAAGCAGCAGCAAGAGUUAUGGUGGCAGAACGCAAAGCUCUUAGCUUUCAGCAGCAAUUGGUUUCUUUGAAAGAGGACUCUCUUAAUAUGCUUCUUCGUUUAAAAGAUCAUUUUAAUUCCAUGCUUAUAGAGGCAGAAGCUAGAUCUUUGAAACAAGAAAUGAAAAUCGAAGAGCUUGAAGCACAGCUCUGCGAGGCUGAGGGAAUCAUUGUAGAUCUCAGGGAUGAGUUCAAUCAAGUACAGGAGCAAUUGGAGAUCAUGAGGCAAACCCAGGAAAAGCCUCUGAGUAAUAAUCAUAUCCUUGUAACCAAUGAGCCUGUUCAAGAAUAUGCGCCUCAAGAUAAUGUUCCUCAUUCUUUCAUAUCCCAGGUCUCAGAUACAAAUUCUGUAUUGGUAGAUAAUGAGAAGAAAGCUGUGUCUCUACAAACAACAGCACUUAAUUAUAGGUUUUUUAAAGACAUGAAUGAUGCUGACCUAUCUGCUAGUUCACAUUUGAAUCAACUUCAUGCUAAUGAUGAUUGUAGUUCCAUCAUAAUGCAAAAUAGGGAAACUGAUUUAUGCAGAAAUGGAUCAACACAAAGGAUAUGCGCAUUUCAAGGAAACUUGCCAAAUGUAAUGCUGCCUAGUUCACAAUCUGAAGAUCCAAAAAUUUUGCUAAACAUUCAGUCAACAGCCAAUGCAGAGGAAACAUUGUUUCGCAGGCAGCAUGAAAAUGAUAGUGUUAGCAUUUUUUCCAAGACUAAUCAGAGUAAUGUCAAGAAUAUUCCAUUGAGACAGUUAUCACAGCAUAGCAGCUGUUACAAAGACCAAGCUGUCAAAUCUCUUCGCAGAUCUACUCGAAAAAAUGCCAAAUACAGGGAAGCAAUUGCUUCCUUGCAGGGUUCUCGUAAAAAGUUUGAAAAAACACGAUUGCAGCAUUUUCAUGGUCCAUUGAAGCGAUGUACCAGUGUUGUGAAUGUGCCUGUUGAGUUCCCAAUGGGCGUAGUUGAAAUGGAUCCUAAGAAGAUUAAGGUUUGUUGUGUGUCAGAAUCUGAUGACUUGAACUUGGGCUGUAAUUUUGAGAAUGUAGCAUGUGCUGGAGAAGGAAAUGGUGCAGAAACCAGAGAGGAUUCAUGGGAUAAAUCACAUACUGUUACUGAUGGUGCAUUACAGGAUUCAGUGCUGGUUGAUGUGCCUAUUGCAAAAGGAUCUGGCAGCAGUAUUUGUCAAUUACUCAAGAAUGUGGUGUGUGCUGAAGAAGGAAAUGGUACACAUACAAAAUUGGCUUUAAUUGACAAGUCCCAUACUAUUCCUGCCCUAAAGGAUUCAUUGCUGGUUGAUGUGCCUAUCUUGGAAGAAUUUGGUAGCAGUCACAGUCCGUUAGCUGGGAGAGACAGAGUUCUAAAAUUUACAUUCCAUAGAAAGCGCCGAAAGACUGUUUUGGGAAAAUUGAUGAGAACAUCCUUCAUGAUAGGGACACACCAAAGAGGGGAUUAGAGUAUCCAACUGAUGUUGCUGUGAUGGAAAAUGGUAUUUCUAAGAUGAAAUGCAUGUAGAUAGUGGGAAAAUGAACUUAUAUAGUUUACUGGAACGAGGUGUUGAUGGACAUAGCAAACAUAGGAGUACUGAUCCAUGACUGGCAGAUGUAAAUUCUCUCUCUUGCCUUUUCUUACUUCAGUUUCUUGAAGGAACAGCCAAGGCUUACUGUCUUACUGAGGUCUUGAAGAACUUUAUAUGGCUGUGGACAGAUUUAGCAAUCCUUGAUGUUAUUUCAAACUUUUUUUAGUGGUAGCUCUAUGAGUAGUAACUGAGCCCCUUACUAGUGUUACUACUUGUUUCAACUCACAAAGCGGCAAUUGAUGAAUUCUUAGAUUGUAAAGCAGCUUAUACAGUGUCUAAUCUGUCUUUUUGUCUUUCCUGUCAAGAAGUGAUCUUUCAUGUUAAUUAAUGUGAAACAUAUAAAAGAUUAAUUAGAUUAAAUAGUUUUACAAAGCUUAUAGUAUACAAAAAUGUAUAUUACUUCAUGUCUUUAUCUUUACCUCUAUACAUUCCUUAUACUCAAUUGACCAUAUUGGUAUAAAAGUUAACACCCUUAUGACAGAUUGAUAUAUAAGUUAAAAAAUUGUGACAUUUACCCCUAUUUUCUCGUCGGAUGAAAGUGCGUGUUGUAUACUAUGUUUUCAACAAUUUAAUUACUUUUGCAAUCUUAUUUAUUACCAAAAUAUACUUAUUCCACACAAAAUAAUAAUUUUUCCCUCUUUCCUCCCACCUAAGAUUAUCAAUAAUUAUUUCUUCUAUUUUCUUUCUUAUACAAAAAAAAAAAAAAAAAAAAAAAUCAACAAUUUAUGUUAUGAAUAGUUAUAUCAUCUUAGAUUAAAUUACACCAUUGAAUAAGCAUUAGUAAAAAGAAUUAAAUUAAAUACAAUAACUUUGAUAAAUCAAUCAAACGAUAAAACCCCAAAGAACUAAACAAU